UCUCCGUCGGGCAAACGCCGUAAUAGCCGUUAUUCAUUGUGUAGCUGGUACACAAUUUAUGGACUCUGCUUAGGCUGGAAUUCUGCCUCCCCUGCUCAAGAACAGUGACCUUGGGGAAGACUUCUCUCUCUCCGUGCCUUCCUGUCCACUCUCAGGAAUGAAGAUAAGCACGUACUUCAAGAGGACGCAGAGCUGCGGAGGAAGGUGGGCAUCCUGGAGCAGAAGGGGCAUUCCUAUCCUUGUUGGUCCUGCCUCACGUCACUUCUGCCUCACCUCCCCGAGUCCCCAGGGGCUCAACUGCUGUGGCAUGUUACCCACAGGCCUGCUUGUCUUCUCAAGGGGGGCACAGGGCCCAGGCAAUGAGGGUGGGGGAAGCUCAGGAGCUGCAGGAGUGGCGCAGGUGCAGGCACAGGGCGGGGUCUUUGUUCUUUUGCUCAUCCCUCCCCUCCCCCUUCCUCUCCGGAAACCAGAGACUUUGCCACCACCAGUAUUGGGGAUGCUGAGCUGUGGGGGCCAGGCCUGAGGAGGGGUGGGGGUGAGGAGGGCUGUGGAAGCGGGCAGGCCAUGAACCAGGCUGACCCUCGGCUCAGAGCAGUGUGCUUGUGGACUCUCACGUCAGCAGCCAUGAGCAGAGAUGACAACUGCACCUGCCUGAAUCUACUUGUGCAGGGAAUCCCCUCCGUAACCCAGGCCUGGGGAAUGUGGGUCCUCUUAUGGGCUGUGACGCUGCUGUUUCUCAUCUCACUGGCUGCACACUUGUCCCAGUGGACCAGGGGCCGGAGCAAGAGCCAUCCAGGGCACGGAUGGUGGGUAAGGGACAACAGGGAUGGGCUGACUGAGAGUUCUCUCUUACCAAGAAGUCCCCACUCAUCCCUUAAACUCUGUUGCAGCUCUGGAGGGUCCGUGGAAGAGGUCCCGCUGUACGGGAACCUGCAUUAUCUACAGACAGGACGGCUGUCUCAAGACCCAGGGCCGAACCAGCAAGAUCCAACUCCUGGAGGCUCUGCUAGGGCUGCAGAGGAGGUGAUGCGUUAUACCAGCCUGCAGCUGCGGCCUCCUCAGGGCCGGAUUCCUGGCCCUGGGACCCCCAUCAAGUACUCGGAGGUGGUGCUGGACUCUGAGCCAAAGCCUCAGUCCUCGGGCCCCGAGCCGGAGCUCUAUGCCUCGGUGUGUGCCCAGACCCGCAGGGCCCGGGCUUCCUUCCCCGAUCAGGCCUAUGCCAACAGCCAGCCUGCAGCCAGCUAAGAUGGAGGGCCUGGCACAGCGGAACGUGCACUGGCCCGGCUCCCAGUAGCAGGGGCAUGACUGUUUCCCAACCAGCCCCAAAGUCAGGCGCCAUUGCCAAGUCACAGGAUGUGAGCUACCUUGGACUUCCUAUCUGAGCUUCGAGGGAGACAUCUCAGGGCAAAGCUUUCAUGUUGGAGGCAAAGACAGUAGCCCCGUCCUCAUUUCUUUUUUCUAUCUGUUCCUCUUCGGCCCCAAACUCCAGGUUCUCAUUUCCUUCUUCUGGAGUUUAACCAGAUCCUCCCCACCCCGACUCCCCCAUAGUCUACCCCCACGCCUCAGUGUCUCCUCAGGCACAGGAAGUGGGUGGUGGGGGAAGGGGGUAAGAGCCUGAGAGUAGGUGGGUGGGUGUAUUCCUUGGGAACCCACAAACUGGAGGGGACCUGGAACUUAGAGACCAGAGAGACCGAGCCUGACUUUUGACCUGAGAACCCUGGCAGGAGAAUAGUCUCCAUCCUGCUGUCUCUGUCUUGUCCCCAAGUGUUCAAAUAAAACUUUUCAAAAAGUG